GAAUUUCAACCAGUUGGACAAAUGUAGCCAACUAAUUCCCCAACCAAUUCCUUAAAUAUACCGUCAUAAAGAUCUGUAUACGCUAUCUGAUCAAUUUUAGUGGGGAGAAUGGAGAAACAGGGAGGACAUGUCAUGGUUCUCACAUAUCCCGCCCAGGGCCACAUAAACCCACUCCUCCAAUUCUCUAAGCGCUUAGCCUCCAAAGGCCUUAAGGCAACUCUAGCCACUACCCACUACACUGUGAACUUCAUUCAGUCGGAUGCAGUUGGAGUUGAGGCCAUUUCAGAUGGUUUUGAUGAGGGUGGCUUCAUGCAAGCACCAAGUUUGGAGGCCUAUUUGGAGUCAUUUCAAGCAGUUGGUUCAAGGACUGUAGGUGAGCUCAUCCUCAAGUUCAAUGAGUCGGCCUCACCUGUGGACUGUCUCGUAUACGACUCGAUCCUUCCAUGGGGUCUCAGUGUGGCUAGACAGUUUGGGAUAUAUGGAGCUGCAUUCUGGACUACUUCAGCCUCGGUCUGCUCCAUGUAUUGGCAACUCCGGCAGGGUGUCCUGUCUCUGCCUGUGAAGCAGGAACCAGUGCCUGUGUCCAUGCCUGGCCUUCCUCCUCUCCGUUUAUCCGAUUUGCCAGAUUUUCUUGCUCAACCUGGGCACCUCUCUGCUUAUAUGUCAGCCGUCAUGGAACAAAUUUCCACUUUAGAACAAAAUGACUGGGUGUUCAUGAACUCAUUUGAUGCGUUGGAAAGUGAGCUGGUAAAGGCCAUGUCGGGACUGUGGUCAGUGGCGAUGAUUGGUCCGAUGGUUCCAUCAGCCUACUUGGAUCAACAAAUUGAGGGAGAUACAGUUUAUGGAGCCAGUCUCUGGAAGCCUACUAAUGAUGAGUGCUUGGGAUGGCUAGAAACAAAGCCACCCAAGUCUGUAGUCUACAUCUCAUUUGGAAGUAUGGCAGAAAUCCCAGUUAAACAGGUGGAGGAAAUUGCAUGGGGCCUGAAAGAGAGCGAUUAUCAUUUCAUAUGGGUUGUGAAGGAGUCUGAAAGUGGGAAGUUGCCAAUCAACUUUCUAAACUCAAUGAAUGAAACAGGGUUAGUUGUGACAUGGUGUAACCAACUAGAGGUCCUAGCUCACAAAGCCGUGGGUUGCUUCGUAACACAUUGUGGGUGGAACUCAAUACUGGAGGGGUUAAGCCUAGGUGUGCCAAUGGUGGGAAUGCCACAGCGGGUUGACCAGCCAACCAAUGCUAAGUUCGUGGAGGAUGUGUGGAGAGCAGGAGUGAGAGCUCAGAAGGAUGAAGAAGGAAUUGUGACACGAAAAGAACUAGAGAAAUGUAUUAAGGAAAUUAUGGUUGGAGAAAGAAGUGAGGAGAUUAAGAGGAAUGCCUGUAUGUGGAGACAGUCAGCUAAAAGUGCAGUCAGCAAAGGUGGGAGCUCUGACAAGAACACUGAUGAAUUUGUAGGAGUGUUGCUGAAGAGAGGCAAGAAGAAAACUUGAUUGUUGCCUCUAUUUGAUGAAUCAGAUAACCUUGUAUGGCUAAUAGUCUAACAUUCAGCUAUCCUAUAAACUAUGAAGCUUCAAUGGAAGUACACUAUAAAAUGUCUGCCUGGAUUCAUGACUCUGAAACUCUUGUGUUUAUAUAACCGUGGAUGGAUUUAUUUUCAA